AAGGAUCAUUAUUUGCUCUGCUAAUUAUUGCACUUAGUAAUGAUCCUAAGUCUGACUAUUACAAACAGGGAACGACAUUAAUCUUGGAUAUUAUCUCUUUUCCUGUUUAUUGUGUUAUAACCGCUCAUGUAGCUAAGAAAAGUCCAUUUCUUUACUUUUUGGCUGACUUCUAUUCUUAUUAG